AUGGUUCCCCGUUUUUUAAGGUCCGUUAUCCUAGAUGAUUUUUACACACGAGGUAGCUGUGACUCCAAUUUUAUCAAAGAUAUCAAUUCAAAAAUGAGAGUUCCUGAUAGAAUAUCAUUAGAUCCAAGUAGUUUACCGCAGGUGAAUUUAUCGCUCGAUUCUUCUGAGAAUGACAAUAUGAAAGUGCCAGAAAGGAUAGUCAUGUCUGGUGCACAGAAUCAAUCAUCUCCACUUAUGGCAUUCAACCGACGUGGAGAUGAUCUUAUCGAUAAUUUAGAUCCUGUUCCACUUCAACAUGCUUUAGAUCCAUUGCCUACUUCUUUAGUGUUAAAUGAAGUUCAUUAUCCAGAUCUAGAACGAUUAACUAUUGAGAAGAGAGAAAUAGAAACAGCCAUCUCAACUCCACUAUUAUUAACAAACGAAUCUCAGAAUCAUAUCCCAACAGAACAACAGCCUUCUCCACUUCCUUUAUCGAAUAUCUCAAAUGUUAUAAAUCAUUCAUCUACAUCGAUAUCAUCAUCACCAUCAUCAUCACCAACGAAUCAAACAAAUAAUACUCAAUCUAUUGUUGUAGAUACACGACGUCUUAGAUUAUUAGAGAUUCGUAUGAAUGAAAUAGAACUUGAAUUAUCUAGACGUCAAUUCAUGGAUAAAUUACUUUAUAUCACCUUUGGAGGUUAUUUUGUUUUAAAAUGUUUACGCUUAUUAUUCUCUUAG